UGUUCAUUUAAGAAAAUUGUGUAUACAGUAAAAGUAAACAUCUUCAAUAGAAAUUUCUGAAGUUAAAAUCGGCGGCUGAGUUUAAUCCAAUUUGUAAUUAAACAAUGCGAAACUAUGGAAAUACGUUCGUACGCGGGCCUUCGCCUUCGUACACUGAUGAAGCAACUUCAGAAAACGCUAUGUCAGCUACCCUUCCAAUGGAAUCAGACCUUCAUCUACAAACUAAUGUUGAUAAUUGUAUAAAAAAAGAGUAUCAUUGUGGCUUAGAUGACGGCAAUAGUGGAGCUAUUAAAAAAGGCCGCAAAAGUUUUGCAUUUUGGACAAUUUUUAUAAUACUACUGACACUUACAGUAGGAAAUCUCAUACUUAUGCUUACAAUAUUUGCUGUAAUGCAUCUUGGACGAGGCAUUAGCGGAAUAGAGAUUAUUCCCGAACAUGAUCUGGUAAAGUUUUACGGUUACACUGAUUUAGACCGAGUGUACAGCAAACAAACCGGUCGAAUUGAAGGUUUUAUUGAUCAACCAGUUAGCAUUACUGGUGACGAUGGUGUCUAUGUACGCCUUCACAAGAAUGGCCAGGCUUACAAUCGCAUGUUACUAGAUCAGUCGGGCAUACAAUUUCAGGGAGUUAACAAUUUUGAAGUAAAAUAUUCGACUAGCGGCGAUACUAUUUUUACUUCUCAUCGACCACAUUAUAAUAUACCAGCAGGUUCUGGAAACUUAUUAGCAAAAACUAUAAGUGCCAGCCGCAUAGCAAGCCCCAUAGAUAGUUCGCUUAACUUGGAAGCAGAUUUAGGAGUUUCGUUUAAAGGCUCAGAAGGGAUUUCUUUAGACGCAGCAAAUAUCUUGCUCCAGUCACAAUCAUAUGAUAUGCUGGUUAAUUCAACUGAAGGGUUGGUUAUUUUAGAGGCUGGAGCUGGUAUUUACCUAGAUAUGGAUAAAAUACCUAUCGUCAGUUCUGAAUUCGGUCUUCGCACUGGCAGUAUUCAAUACAAAAUUUGCGUUUGCAUGCCGAAGGGUAAUCUUUUCCGAAUACCCGUACCAAGAAUACGUAGUGGACCUAAAAUAACAUGUGCCCAUUUCAACGAUAAACACGAUCCAUGUAUUUAAUGUGAAAAACGACUUUGAACUGAAAAAUGAUUAUGAAUUUUGAUUUUAUUUUACGAACUUAUCAUUAAGCAUUUAUAUAGUAUAUAAUUUAUAUGUAUGUACUUACAUACAUAUUGUUACCUUAAUAUAGAAAAGCCCUAGUUGGCAUUUUAAUUUUAAAAUCAAAAAAAAGUAUUUUUUUAGUUCUAAAUUUCGUUCAAACUUUCAAACGCUCUUUUUUAUUAAAGGCUGUAUGUAAUUUAAUAUUGUAACAAUUAUUUUUAAAUUCUAUAUUCUGGUUAAGAAGUAAUCGGCCCACUUUUCUACAAAGCUGUAUUUCGAAAGAAAAUUAGUUAGGGCCUUUCUAUAUUAUAUGUAUCAGGGAUGUUGCGAAUAUUUGCAUUCGCAUUCGUAAUGCGAAUGAUUUGCAUCAUUUUACACAUUCGCAUUCGCAUCAAAGGAUACGAAUAUUUUGCGAAUGCGAAUGUGUACAUGGGCAAAGAGUCCACUCUAAUAUUAUUGAAAUGGCUCUUAGUAUGUCUAAUCAGGUGCGGACAACCAUCCGCUUUUAGUUUCAGGCACUAAACGGUUAAGGGCCGUAACAUUAAAGCUCACUUUAUAUUUAAAGGUUGCAUUAAAACUUAUCAUUGUGUCUAAAGUAAAGCAUUUUACUAUCCGUUUUAAUUUGGUUUACAUCCAAAAAACACACAUACGUCAUAAACCGAUAAUGGAAAUGAUUUACUUUAGACAUAGCUUUACUUUUAAUCCAACCUUUAUAUAAAAAGUGAGCCUUAAACAUAAAGGUUACUUCAGAAAACGGCUCUAAGUAGUAUAUCAAGCAUAUAUAGUAUAUCAAGAUGGGCCUUCAAUAAGUACUGCUGAAAUUCUUAUAAGCAACCUAGAAAUAAUUUAAGAUUCCUCCAGCGAAAGCGAAAAUAUGCAUUCGCAUUCGCGAAUGUGAAAAAUAUGACAUUCGAAAUAUCCCUAGUAUCUAUGUAUUAUUGUUUGUAAUCAUGCUUUGUAUUAAUAAAUAAUGAAAACAUAUGUAGUAUGUAACCAUCAAAAUUAAAAUAAAGCCAUAUUGUUGC